GAACCGGGCUAAUCACCGCCGCCAGAGACGAGAGGAGAAGAAACACUUUUUAGUCCUGUUUAUUUUUAAAACAUAAAACUACAAUGAAGUUGGCGCUAAUUCGCAGUGCUUACGGCAGUCUCCGGGCACAUCCAGUCUGUCCGGGUAGCAGAUUCACCGGGUUUUCGCGAAGAUGCCUACCGAUAGGCAUUACCAGCACUCGGUUGAGCCUCCGAGCGGCAAGCGCUACCUCCAGCACCGGCACCAACCCGAAGUUAACCGGUAACUUUGGGGUACAAUCUCAGAAGGGGGAUGAGUCUGAUUACGACAACCAUGUGAGGAAAGUGGUUCAGAGCAGCAGGGAAGCAAUUGUGACUCUACAGAAAAGAAACCCAGCAAUUCAACCCUUGUUAGCCAUUCUACAGGCAGGUGAAGACGAUAGCAUGCUGGAGAUCAAUAAGAAAAUGGCAGUAAAGAUUGGUUUGAACAUCACUCAGAUUUGUCUGGCAAAGGAGUGCAGUGAAGAUGAUAUUGUAGAGGAGUUGCUGAAGUUGAAUGAUGACCCCAAAGUGCAUGGUAUCUACCUUCACCUCCCCCCAGUUUCAAUCACCAGUCGGGUCCUCAACACCUUAAAACCCGAGAAGGACAUCGAAGGCAUAUCAGACUUGAAUAUGGGCCGUCUGAUACGAGGAGACCUGACCAAAGGCUUUGUACCUCCUUUAGCCAGUGCUGUUUUGGAUCUGCUGGAGAACCAUGAUGCUCCUUUGGAAGGAAAAACUGUGUUGCUAGUUGGUGGAGAGGGACCCCUUCAGCUGGCCGUGCAGUGCCUGAUUGAACGAAGUGGAAUGGUCACUCUGAAGAGUCACUGGAGCUCCAAAACCCUGCAGGCGCAGGUUAUGCAGGCUGAUACUGUGGUCCUGCUAGAUGUUGGAAAUAUGUAUCUUCCACCCACCUGGAUUAGACCAGGGGCUGCUAUCAUUUACUCUAAGCCAGCUCUGGAGAAAGAUGAAAAUGCUUUUGGAUUGACUUCAAAAUCUGGAUUAGAAAGCCUCACAGCAGCUUACAGAACACAGAAUGUUGUCCGGAGUUGCAGUCGGUGGCUCAAGGGUCAGGAAUACCGACCCUGGCAUCUGCGCAGCCUCAAACUGCAGCCCUUAACUCCUGUACCAAGUGAUUUAGAGAUAUCCAGAGCUCAGAUACCAAAACCAGUAGAUCAGCUGGCUGAAGAGAUUGGUUUGCUACCAGAAGAGCUAGAAGUCUACGGGAGGAGCAAAGCUAAGGUUCGACUCUCUGUGUUGGAACGCCUCCAGUCACAGCCUAAUGGCAAAUAUAUUCUGGUUGCCGGUAUAACUCCCACCCCAUUGGGCGAAGGUAAAAGCACAGUGACUGUCGGCCUAGUCCAGGCGUUGUCUGCCCACCUUAAGCUCAACUCUUUUGCCUGUCUCCGUCAACCAUCCCAGGGACCAACUUUUGGGGUUAAAGGGGGAGCUGCAGGAGGUGGGUAUGCCCAGGUCAUCCCUAUGGAGGAGUUCAACCUUCAUUUGACUGGUGACAUUCAUGCCAUCACAGCUGCCAAUAACCUGGCGGCAGCAGCCAUCGAUGCCAGGAUGCUCCACGAAGCGACACAGUCAGACAAGGCCCUUUUCAAUAGAUUAGUCCCUUCUGUGAAUGGAGUCAGAAAAUUCUCACCCAUCCAGAUCUCCAGGCUGCAACGCCUUGGCAUCAGGAAAACAGAUCCUGCAUCACUCACACCUGAAGAAAUCAACGCGUUCGUACGUCUUGAUCUUGACCCCUCAAAAAUCACCUGGCAGAGAGUCGUUGAUACAAAUGACCGUUUUUUGAGGAAGAUCACCGUCGGACAGGCAAGCUCUGAGAAAGGACAGACCAGAGAGACUGGGUUUGACAUUGCAGUGGCCAGUGAGAUCAUGGCCAUCCUGGCCUUGGCUGACAGCCUCGGGGACAUGAAGAACAGACUGGCACGCAUGGUGGUGGGGACCAGCCGCUCUGGACAGCCUAUCACAGCAGAGGACCUCGGUGUGAGUGGAGCUCUGGCGGUGUUAAUGAAAGAUGCUAUCAAGCCCACGUUGAUGCAGACCCUUGAGGGUACGCCGGUGUUUGUCCACGCUGGGCCCUUCGCCAACAUCGCCCAUGGCAACUCCUCGGUGCUGGCAGACAAGCUGGCUUUGAAGUUGGUCGGACAGGACGGCUUUGUGGUGACCGAGGCAGGUUUCGGAGCUGACAUUGGGAUGGAGAAAUUCUUCAACAUCAAAUGUCGAGCCUCAGGUUUGAGACCCAGUGUGGUGGUGCUGGUGGCAACCGUUCGAGCGCUAAAGAUGCACGGCGGCGGCCCAAAUGUAUCUGCAGGUGCACCUCUUCCCCGAGAGUAUACCGAUGAGAACCUGAGCCUGGUUGCUGGCGGCUGCCAUAGCAAUCUCAAGAAGCAGAUCCAGAUUGCACAUCUGUUUGGGGUACCAGUCGUGGUUGCUGUUAAUGUCUUUAAGACAGACACCCAGGCAGAGAUCGACCUUGUAUGUCAGAUAGCGAAAGAGUGUGGCGCAUCCGACGCUUUGCCGUGCAACCACUGGGCACAGGGUGGAAGAGGCUGCUCGGAGCUCGCCCAGGCUGUAAAGGAGGCCGCCAGCAAACCCAGCGACUUCCAGUUUCUCUACAACACAGAGAUGCCGAUCGUGGAGAAGAUCAGAACAAUAGCCCAGAGAGUGUACGGGGCCGAUGACAUCGAGCUGUCUCCAGAGGCCAAGACCAAGACAGAUUAUUAUCAUAAACAAGGUUAUGGUUCAUUGCCCAUCUGCAUGGCCAAGACCCAUCUGUCCCUGUCCCACAUCCCUGACAAGAAGGGGGCACCCACUGGAUUUGUUUUGCCAAUCAGAGAUGUCCGUGCCAGCAUCGGAGCUGGCUUCAUCUACCCAUUAGUGGGAACGAUGAGCACAAUGCCUGGCCUGCCCACACGACCCUGUUUCUACGACAUUGACCUUGACCCAGUCACGGAGGAGAUCACUGGACUCUUCUGAGCAUGCUCACCAACGUUAUUCUCGCUCCCUGCUCUGUUUUCAGGAUCAUGGGCUCCGUGCAUUCACCAUCAGCCUCAUCUAACCCCGCGCCACUGGCAGGAAACAAUUUCUUUCUCUUCUCAGCUGAUCCACAUCAAAGCAACAUGGAAGAAGAGGGAGGAUUAGUGGACCAUUAGAUUAGCAUUAUGCUGCAUUUGCACGUGUGUCAUAUGCCAAAGACCAUGCCCCACAACCAUAUAUAUGUAUAUCAUACAUCCUCUACUUGUGUCAACUUUUUUCUGAGUAUAGAAGAGUCCGUUUACUUGGAUUUUAUUUUGUUGUUUCCUUGGAUGUCUAACUUCUGUUUAUUUUUCUGGAAAGAAAAUCAAAUGUCUUCAUACAGUGUUGUUGUUUUUUACCUAAAUGCAGUGAGUGGGCAAAAUUGUGAAUUAAGAUGCUGGUGUACGCACAAAGAGCCCUGAUAGUAUUCAUGUGACUUUGUCCUAAUCUGUUUAGUGGUGCUGAAUGUUAAAGGUGCUUUACAUACACUGAGAAACACUACAAAUGUCAAUUAUGUUCAUAAUUUCUAAGCAGUUUUUUCUUUAAGUAUUAGUAAAUUAUUUUGUUUUGUGGUUUGACAAGAAUAUCUGUGCUUCUGUCAUGUUAUAUAUGUUGUUUGGAGGUAUUUCAGAUAAUACCGACCAACCAGAUUCCAGAGCUUCUUUAAGUGUUACCUUCAGAAAAGAUUAACUCAGCUAUUCCCUGAAUUUUCACUUUUAUUCCAUAGAGUGUAAAACAGAGGUAGUACUCUCUGAAAAGAUCUGGUACAAUCCUGAAAGCUGCUGUAUGUCAAACAUUUCAUUUGUCAAAGAUCAAAAGUGCCUUAUAGCAGUAAUAAUAAACCUUUUC